AUGACUACCAUGGACUUGCGUGUCGGUAACAAGUACCGUAUUGGUCGUAAGAUCGGAAGCGGCAGUUUCGGUGAUAUUUAUCUCGGAACCAACAUCAUCUCCGGUGAGGAGAUCGCCAUCAAACUCGAGAGUGUCAAGGCCAAGCAUCCUCAGCUUGAAUACGAGGCCCGUGUCUACAAGUCCCUCGCUGGUGGCGUCGGUAUCCCCUUCGUGCGCUGGUUCGGUACCGAAUGUGAUUACAAUGCCAUGGUCAUCGACCUGCUCGGUCCCAGCUUGGAGGAUCUCUUCAACUUCUGCAAUCGGAAGUUCUCGAUGAAGACUGUCCUCCUACUCGCUGACCAGCUUAUCUCUCGUAUCGAGUACAUCCACGCCAAAUCUUUCAUUCACCGUGAUAUCAAGCCUGACAACUUCCUGAUGGGUAUCGGCAAGCGUGGAAACCAGGUCAAUGUCAUUGAUUUCGGUCUCGCUAAGAAAUACCGGGACCCAAAGACUCACUUCCACAUCCCUUACCGUGAGAACAAGAACCUGACCGGAACUGCUCGCUACGCCAGUAUCAAUACCCACUUGGGCGUUGAACAGUCUCGUCGUGACGACAUGGAGUCUCUGGGAUACGUUAUGCUUUACUUCUGCCGAGGCUCCCUUCCUUGGCAGGGCCUGAAGGCUGCUACUAAGAAGCAGAAGUAUGACCGUAUCAUGGAGAAGAAGAUGACGACCCCAACUGAGGUUCUGUGCCGCGGAUUCCCCAACGAGUUCGCUAUCUAUUUGAACUACACCCGCUCCCUGCGUUUCGACGACAAGCCGGACUACUCCUACCUGCGGAAGAUCUUCCGUGACCUGUUCGUCCGCGAGUCAUUCCAGUAUGACUACGUCUUCGACUGGACCGUCUACAAAUACCAGAAGAAUGCUGCCAUGAUCGUGGACGCGAACAAGAAGGAUAAGGAGGCCGAGGAACAGCGACGUACUGCCAACGCUGGCGGUGCUAUGGGAAAUGCAGCUGCAGCUGCCGCUAAGCCUGGCGCUAUUUCCAACCAACGUCGCAAAGUCAUUGAGCGUGUCAACCUCGACACUCCUGACGCCACCCGUGGUGUAGGAGCGAGCGAUAGGAUGCUUCGUUCUGCUUCCAAGGCUGCUGCUGCUGGUGCCUAUGCACCCGCUGGUGGCCGUUCGAAGCGGGACGAUGGGACUGGUGCUCAGUGGUAUUGA